CACGUAAACAGUUCAGUAAAUUCUCUCUAUGGCUGACCUUGUUAAUAAACCAAAGGGUGAACUCACUGAAGCGGAACUCGCACGCUUAGAGGAGUACGAGUUUUCGUCGGGUCCGUUGAGUGUUCUCCAACAAGCCGUGAAGAAUCAUGACCAAGUCCUUAUCAAUUGCCGGAAUAACAAAAAACUAUUGGCCAGAGUAAAAGCUUUUGACCGCCAUUCCAACAUGGUGCUGGAAAACGUGAAGGAGAUGUGGACAGAAAGACGCAAGACGAGUUCUGGAAAAAAGGGAAAACCCAUCAACAGAGACAGAUUCAUUAGCAAGAUGUUCCUUCGCGGGGAUGGCGUGGUGCUCGUAGUACGAAUUCCUUCAUAAAAUUAACUUUAUACCUCGCGGAGCCAGAGGAAAGGUUUUGCCCAUCACAGCCAGCACGCCACGUUCCAUUCGACGGGGUGUAAUUGAAAAUGAAUCCAAAUAUAUUUGUAUAAACGAAUACAUGCUUGUUGCCCAUUGUCCUAUUUUUCUCUUAACACGCUUGUGCUUGGUUUGAUGAAUAGUAGUCGAAAAUAAAUCAUUGAGUAAGUGUAUCAUGUACAUUAUGCUUCAAG